CCGUGGCACCUCAGAGGUGGGCGUGGCACGCGGCGCCUGCUCGCGGGCGCAGGCGCCCCCUUGGGGGGGGAGCCCAGCCUCAUGGAGGGUGCGGAUGCGGCGCAGCCCGCGGCGGGCGCAGGCGCAUCGCCGAGCGCGGAGGGGUCCGCCGUCCUCAAGUCCCAGGCGUACGCCGAUCCAGCCGAGGGAGCCGCCGCAGAGAGGCUGGCCAUGGACGCGCGCCCGGCCAUGGAGACGCACGACCUCCCGCUCAGGCAGUACUUGGACCAGUACGUGGUGCCCACGUUGCUGCCCGCCAUGACCGCGGUGGCGGAGGAGCGGCCCGAGAACCCAGUGGAGUGGCUGGCGCAUUACCUCCUGAAGAACGACCCGAUGCGCCGCGCCGAGAUUGCAGAGUCCACCCGAGACGCGCCGCCUGAAGCGGCGGAGGCCGCGCCGCAGUAA